CAAGAAGAAAUUUGUAAAAGUGAAUUUACAAUCAGACGCAUAGAUUAUUAUUAUUAUUUUUCAUUGCAUUACCUUUUUGGUGGUCUAACUUUGUACAGGGUAGUUACACCUAAAAUCUCCUCAACAGCCUAAAAAAAUUGAAACUCUUUAAGGGUAACUUUUUUUAAAGGUCACUUUUUAUUCUUACGUUUUCUAUGACAAAAAAUUAAGCAUUUUGCCCAUCUUGCAACAGGACCGACCAAUUAUUUUCAAAUGACAACAAUUCGAAAUGAACAGCUUGAAAAACCUAAGUUCUUCUAAAAUCUCUUAAAAUUACAAGUUUUAAAUCUGUUAAAUAUUUUUUUGAGCUUGAUAAUGAAUAUUACUACGUUUUCACCACUAGCUUUCUAUUUUAAUGUUCCAGAUGUUAUAAAAGCAAUUUCUUAGUUCAGCAGUAUUUGAAAUCAUGCCAUGGCGGAAGUUAUUAAUAACAACAGGAAGAAAAUCCAAGAACUUUCUAUUCAUGAGGCAAUCAUAUCAGCUACUGUUCUCAGCUACUUGCAAUAGAAAUUAUACAGCUGUUACUAAACAAAUACAUCGUAUGAAAAUAACUUUACCCCGAGUUGCAUUUCAUACUGGAACUCGUAAAAAUGAACGACUGAGAUCAGCUGUCAAGGAUAGCAUUGAAGCAGAUCCUGAGGACCUGUUUUUAUUUGGCAAAGACAUACUGGGCAACAUCAAUCAUAAACAGAUGACAUUGGACGAGCUAGAUAACAGAAUGAACCAGUUGAGUGGUAUACUGUAUCAAUUUCUAGUAAGAAAAGACGAGGAAAAGUUACUAAGUUUUUUUAGGAUAAUUGACCAGCAUGAUAUGCUUAACGAAGCUGCAUAUACCAUUUUGAUGAGGCAUUUUGCCGAGAAAUUGGAGUUGAAAAAAGUUAAGAAAAUUUUUAAUGACUUGUUAAAAAAUCCAAAUGUCGAAGUUCAUUCGCGGUCUUAUGUACCUUUGAUAAUAGUGUCUUUGAAAACAGGAAAAUACGAUCUGGCGGACUUGUAUUUGCAGGAGAUUAUUGAGAAUAUGAAGAUCAAAUAUAAAGACCAGAUCUUACAAGACGUGUUAUCGCUCUGCGCCGAAAUUCGACAUACAGGGAAUAAUGAAUUCAUUGAAAGUUUUGUGAACAAGAUUUUUAUGAUGCUUGAAGAAUACAGUACGAAUGAUUUAAAGCCGAGAACAGUCGACACGAUACAGGAGUGGUUUAAAAGUGAUCCGAUUUGUACAUGGAAAAUCGAGUCAACGAAGAUUGAUGAAAGCACAGGUGUGUGCCGAAAUUGUUCAAGAAGAUUGAAACCUGUUGAGAUUUCUGAUAGUGGAUUGUUGAACUUGAAACGCAGCUUAAUGACGUUAAUAAAAGCAUCGAUUGUACGUAAAGACGCUGCUAGAAUAACAGAUGUGAGACCGUUGAAAACAAACAUCAACAUCAAACAUAACAUUCAAAGCAGAUCUAAGUACUUUGAACAUUAUGAUAUCUUUACCAUGGACGCUAAGUCGAAAACGAAUGAGGAGACAAAUAAUCUGGCGAAAUAUGUAGGCGAGGACAAUUUUCAGGACCUUUCUGGUCCAUUGUUUGCUAGAUUAGACCAACUGAAAAACUAUUUGAUAGCAACAGGUCCGUUUGAUGUUGUUAUUGAUGCUUUAAAUGUUGGAUAUGUCAAGCAUGGCUUCAAUCCGAUGCAGGUUCAUGACAUUGUAAAACAUUUUGUUGCACAAGACAUGAAAAUACUCAUACUUUGUGCAGGGAUCAUGAAAGAAGAACUUCUUACUGCUCAAGAAGUGCCACCGGCUAAUAAACGAGUCCAGCAGUUGAUGUUGUACUUGAAUGAAACAUGCAACUUAUUCUUUGUAGGAUCAAGCGUUGUUGAUGACUACUACAUAUUGUACACGUUGAUUCAUCACAACUUCGGUAUUCAGUUGGUAUCACGUGACCUAUUUCGUGACCACUUGUAUCACUUGGACGCUCAAUGUACAGCCAACUUUCAAAGGUUUCAACAAUCGAAUCAACAUAUUCUAAAAAACGUAAGACCUGACGGAACUCCUGUAUUCAGAAGUCGUCUGAAGUUCAACAUGGCCAUGCAACGAAACGGUGAAGAUUGGCACGUUCCGCUUCGUGGAACACAACUGUUAUGCAUUACAAAAAAGACGGAUCGAUGAAUUGGUUAAAGCAUUGUCCUGUGAAAUUGUACCCUUAUCGAUGCAUAACACGCAGAUAACCUUACGCAUGAUAUCCAUAACAGACGUGUCUGGAGAAAUGGAGAGUAAAAACAGAAAAUCCUUGCAAUUUACAAUUUCAUCUUAGCGAAGUUAAAGAUCGUAAAAAAUUUCCUGUAAAUUGGCGAUGUUGAAGUAAAAGCUUACGUUUUUGUAACGUUUUUAUGUCUUCCGCAGACGUCUAGCGAACCUUUCGAAAAUUUUAAUUAGAAAUAUUUUUUAGCAUAUUUUAUAUAUUUUUGUUAUAUGUUUUAUUAUUUUUUUCUUUUACAUAUGAAGACCGUUUUCUACAGAAA